AUGUUCGCUCGUUACUCGUUCAGUGCUUUUGUUGUUGCUACUGCUCUUGCCCAAAUUUGCGCUGUCACUGAUUGUCACGGUGUCUGUGGUCCUAUGAUCGUGGCAGCCAGAGCUUGCGCUGAGAAUAGUAGUGAUGAUGGUCCAUGGGACAAUGAUUGUUUGUGCAGUGCUGAUUCGGACUUCAUGCAAAACUACGACGUGUGUAUGUCCUGUGGUAUUUCACUCUGGCAGGUCUAUGGCAGCUACCUGGAUGGUCCACUGGCUGCGUGUGAAACUUUGCUUACCUCUCCAACUGGCUCAGUCACACCCUGUGAAACCAGCGAGGCCACCGCCACUGAGGAGGUUGAGGAGACCACUAGUGCUGCUGAGGAGACUUCGGAAGAGGCUGAAGAGGCUGAGGAGACCACCAGUGCUGAGGAGACCACUGAAGAGACCACUGAAGAGACCACUGAAGAGACCACUGAAGAGACCACUGAAGAGACCACUGAAGAGACCACCAGUGCUGCUGAGGAGACUUCUGAGGAGGCUGAAGAGGCUGAAGAGACUACCGAAGAGGCUGAAGAGACUACUGAAGUGGCUGAAGAAACCACUGGUGCUGCUGAAGAAACUACUGAAGAGGCUGAGGUGACCACUGGUGCUGCUGAAGAGACCACGGUUGCUGUUGAGGAGACCACUGGUGCUGCUGAAGAGACCACGGCUGCUGUUGAGGAGACUUUCAACGGUAUGGGUGCUUCCCUCAGAUUGGACUCAGUCCUAGCACUUGUCUGUGCUGCCUUCACGGGAUUGAUGAUAAGCCAUGGGCAUGACGAGACUGUGUACCAUGGAAGAACAUCAGCGUUGGCUGAGAAGCCAUCGUUCCACCCUGCAACCAUCACGGUCAACCACUGGCAGCUCAGAGACUUGGUGCAGCCAUGCUCUGCGAACCCAAACGAGAUCAUCUAUACACACGAUGAUGCCAUCAAGUGCACUGACCUCUCUACCGACAAGAUCAGCACCGUGUGUACGCUGGACUUCCACCCGCGGUGCUUCAAGGAGGCACACAGCAAGAUCGUCACGGGCGGUGUGAUCUCCUCGAUCAACAGCAACUCGUCGUCGACCUCGCUCAUGAACAGAGCGUUUGCUGAGAUGGGCGAUGGAGGCACCGGGGAGGGUGCCUCGUGGCGUGGGUUGUUCUCCUUCUACAACAGGGAGACUCAACAGUCCCUCGGUAUUAGGUUGGGCACGUACAUCAACAACAACGCAUCAGUGAACAAGGUGUCGAACGGCACUUAUACGUCAUAUGUGUGUAACAAUGACAAGUACUUGUACAGCACACACAUCUCUAAUUCUGCAAUCGCCGUGGAUGACUCUGUCAAUUUGGAGUUCCCUCUGAAUCACUCUGCCCUCUCAGACGACCACAAGAACUUGGUUGUGCUUGGGGACUGCUCAAAGAUAUUCUUGUUGCACCCAGGACAACAAGAUGGUGUUUUACGCCGUGACAACAUUAUUGAUACUCACUGCGAUUCUGGGUUCUCAACGUCGUUUUCAGGUUCCGGCCAACAGUUUGCAUCUUGCUUUCAGGAUGGCACUUGUUUGAUCUAUGACACAAGAAACGUUGGUGCCGGGCCAAUAAAGACGGUGCAUUCAACGAGAAAGAACUCAUCCAACGGAGCGUUCAGAUGUCUGAAGUACUCAAGAGGCACAGAUGAUUUGCUUGUGAUCAGCGAGCAUGUUGGAAGAGUACACGUUAUCGAUUCGAGAGACUUCUCAAACCAUCAAGUGAUUGUCCUACCUGUGAACUCAAUCCCACAACGGUCGGAGAUCGGCAGCUCUGCAUCCUUGGUGAAUCUUAACGGAAUCCAAGACUGUUCUGAGAAUUCUAUUUUCACUCCAAAGGUGUUGGACUUCAACGAAGUUGUCACCAUUGAAUCAAACCUGGCAAAGAAUGACGAUAUGAACACUCCUUUCAACGCCAAUUAUGCAUCCAGAAACAUGAACAACUUCAACUUGCUGAAUGCAGUUGGAUUUGAAGAAAACUCGGAUGUUACCUUAGAUGUUCGUGAACAUAGAGGCUCAACUGCAUCUAGCUACUCCUCCAUGUCAGGAUCCGAGUUUGAUUACUUUGAUAAUGAGAUCAGUGGUCUCGAUUGGUAUGAAGACAGCGGAGGUUCACAUAUCGUUAUCGGGUGUUGUAAAGGCUUGAUCAAGUGGGAUGUUGAUUCGUGGAGCAGAAGAACCUUCCCAAGAAUGCUGCCAUGA